CUGUCACCUCUUCCUCUUCGCUCCCUCUCUUUCCUUCCAAUCCCUUCCUCUCACUCUGCUUCUCCACUUUCGGGGUUCUAGAGCCGGACCGCUUUCAGUGCGCUUCGUAUCCCACAGCUGUCGGAUAGUGCUACUCCUCUAAUCAGUUUGGUCCAGUAGAGAAGGAGAAAAAGAAGAAAAUUCAAGAUGGACGCGAUCAAGAAGAAGAUGCAGGCCAUGAAAAUGGAGAAGGACACAGCUAUGGACAAGGCCGACACCUGCGAGGGUCAGGCCAAGGAUGCCAACAUGAGGGCUGACAAGGUCCUUGAAGAUGUCCGUGAGCUGCAGAAAAAGUUGACCCAAGUUGAGAGUGACCUUGAACUCAACAAGAAGAACCUCGACCAAUCCAACAAGGAUCUCGAAGAGAAGGAGAAGUCCCUCACACAGGCUGAGAGCGAGGUGGCUGCCCUGAACAGGAAGGUGCAGAUGAUUGAGGAGGACCUGGAGCGGUCUGAGGAGAGAUCGGGAACUGCACAGACCAAACUGGCUGAGGCGUCACAGGCAGCCCGAUGAGUCAUCACGCCUAGCAAGCUGCCGCAGGACAAAUACCCC